AUGUUGAGAGCCUCUAUUCGCCCAGUUGCGAGAUCUCUUGUCAACGGUAGAAGAUCCAUGGCUACCGCCAGCGAUCUCGUCACCAUCGAUCUUCCAGCCACCUCUUUCGAGGGGUACAACCUCGAGGUUCCGGAAUUGUCUUUCGAAACCUCCAAGGAGACCCUCUUGCAGAUGUACAAGGACAUGAUUGUCAUUAGAAGAAUGGAAAUGGCUUCGGAUGCCCUUUACAAGGCCAAGAAGAUCAGAGGUUUCUGUCACUUGUCCAUCGGUCAGGAAGCUAUCGCCGUUGGUAUCGAAAACGCCAUCACCCCACAGGACUCCGUCAUCACCUCUUACAGAUGCCACGGUUUCGCUCACAUGAGAGGCUCUCCAGUCAAGGAGGUUCUUGGUGAGCUUUUGGGCCGCAGAUGCGGUGUCUCCUACGGUAAGGGUGGCUCGAUGCACAUGUUCACCACUGGUUUCUACGGUGGUAACGGUAUUGUGGGUGCCCAGGUCCCAUUGGGUGCCGGUCUUGCCUUUGCUCACAAGUACAACAACGAGCCAAACUGCACCUUUGCCCUCUACGGUGACGGUGCCUCUAACCAGGGCCAGGUCUUUGAGGCCUACAACAUGGCCAAGUUGUGGAACUUGCCAGCCAUCUUCUGUUGUGAGAACAACAGAUAUGGUAUGGGUACCUCUGCGGCCCGUUCCUCCGCCUUGACUGACUACUACAAGCGUGGUCAGUACAUUCCAGGUUUGAAGAUCAACGGUAUGGACAUCUUGGCUUGUUACCAGGGUUCCAAGUUCGCCAAGGACUGGGCCAUUUCCGGUAAGGGUCCGUUGGUCAUUGAGUACGAAACUUACAGAUACGGUGGUCACUCCAUGUCUGACCCAGGUACCACCUACAGAACCAGAGAAGAGAUCCAGCACAUGCGUUCCAAGAACGAUCCAAUUGCCGGUUUGAAGGCGCGUUUGUUGGACUUGGGCAUCGCUUCUGAGGACGAAAUCAAGGUUUACGACAAGAAGGCCAGAAAGUACGUCGACGAGCAGGUUGCCGAAGCUGAGGCCUCUCCACCACCUGAGGCCAAGAUGAAUAUCUUGUUCGAAGAUGUCUACGUGCCAGGCUCCGAAAUCCCAGAGUUGAGAGGGAGAAUCUCCGACGACACCUGGUCCUUUGAAAAGGGUGGGUUCGCCAAGGAGUUCAGAUACUAG